AUGGCUAUCAAGCACUACACCUCUUUUUCACUAGUCUUUCUGGCAACGACCACCGUCCUCCUCGUCAGCCACACUCAUGGUCAUGGCCUCCGCACCGGCAAACAUGACAUUUGCCAAAAAGCUGACUUCAAGCCUCUUUGCCGUACAGUCGUGAAGGGACUGACCGACCCUCGUGUUGCCUUGCGGUCAGCCAUUCACCAAUUGAUCAUCCAGAGCCGUCGGGCAAUAAGGUUGGCUGAUAUGCACGGGAAGUCCGACCAGUACAUGGAUGUUUGUAAAGAGAGCUUCGAUGAUGCCCUUACAAGCCUGCGCACGAGCUUAAAAAACCUCAAGAACCAUGAUCGGGCCAGCCUUAACAUCAACCUUUCGGCGGCCUUAUCUGACUACGUGACAUGUGACGAUGCAUUCUCUGAAUCUGGCAUGGGCAAUCCCCUUGGCAAAAUUGAUGCGCUCAUGAGUCGCAUGGCUAGCAAUUGUUUGUAUUUAUCAUCUCUGGUUCACUGA